UGUCAUUCUUGUCAGCGUUACACAGCGGAAAAAUUGUGUUGAAUCUGUCCAUUGUAUAUUUUCAAUUUUGAUACAAGUUUUUGGAUUUUAAAAUGGGAGUUGUUGAAACAGAUGUUGAAAUGAAAAACGCCGACAGUCCUGGAGGAUUGGAAGCUGGAGAUAGCAAAAAAGACACUGACAUGCAAAGUGUAAUAGAAAUUCGAGAACAUGCAAGACAGAUUGAAAAAGCCGUAAGCAGCAAGGAAAAUCGAUUUAUUUUAAGAGUUUUGCGUUGUUUGCCCAACACUAGACGAAAGCUUAAUGGAGUAGUUCUCAGAAGUCUUAUAAACCAAAUAUAUCCUGUAGCCGAGAGAGACGUCCUACUUGGUUUUACUGAAGAGGCUGCAACUGAACUUGACACUACGCAAUCUAGAGCUAGAUCAGCUUCAAAAACUCCUGUUCCAGAAGUUGAUGCUUAUAUUAACUUGUUAAUUUUGGUUCGUUUGAUUGACACUAAUAAACUACCAGAAGCAGAACGUUGUUCUCAAGCACUCAUGAAUAAAAUUACUAGUCAAAAUCGCCGUUCCAUAGAUCUUGUAGCAGCUAAGUGCUACUUUUAUCACUCAAGGGUUUCUGAACUUACUGAUAAACUUGAUUCAAUUAGAGGUUUUCUACAUUCUCGUCUUCGUACUGCUACUCUUAGAAAUGAUUUUGAAGGACAAGCUGUACUUAUAAAUUGCUUAUUGAGAAACUAUUUGCAUUAUUCAUUAUAUGAUCAAGCUGACAAGUUAGUAAGUAAAUGUGUCUUUCCUGAAACUGCUAGUAAUAAUGAAUGGGCCAGAUUUUUGUAUUAUUUGGGUCGAAUUAAAGCUGCUAGAUUAGAAUACAGUGUAGCCCAUAAGCACCUUGUUCAAGCCAUGAGAAAAGCACCUCAGAAUGCUGCAAUAGGUUUUAGACAAACUGUUCAGAAACUAACUGUUGUAGUUGAAUUACUAUUGGGAGAUAUACCAGAGAGACAAAUAUUUAGGCAAGCCAGCAUGAGGCAUUCCCUUGCACCUUACUUUCAGUUGACUCAGGCGGUAAGAAUGGGAAAUUUGCAGAGAUUUGGAGAAGUUUUGGAAAACUUUGGACCACAAUUUAGACAAGACCAUACUUUUACUUUAAUUCUACGUCUCCGUCACAAUGUCAUAAAGACGGCUAUAAGAUCUAUUGGUCUGUCUUAUUCUAGAAUUUCUCCUCAAGAUAUAGCUAAAAAACUUGGUCUUGAUUCAGCUGAAGAUGCAGAAUUUAUUGUGGCAAAAGCCAUUCGUGAUGGGGUAAUUGAGGCUACUCUAGAUCCUCAAGGUGGUUUCAUGAGAAGUAAAGAGAGUACAGAUAUUUACUGUACAAAGGAACCACAACUUGCUUUUCAUCAGAGAAUAUCAUUUUGCUUAGAUUUGCAUAAUCAAAGUGUGAAAGCUAUGAGAUAUCCUCCAAAAGCCUAUGGAAAGGAGUUAGAAUCUGCUGAAGAAAGAAGGGAAAGGGAACAACAAGAUUUAGAAUUAGCAAAAGAAAUGGCAGAAGAAGAUGAUGAUGGCUUCCCUUAACUUUUUUGUAUAAAUCUAAAAUAUAUUACUUUUAUUAUAUAGAAAAUGCCUGCUUAUUUUUUUUGUAUUUUUAGGACAAUAUAGUCUUCUUAAUACUUUUGUCUAUCAAUUAGUUUUCUGAUAUUGUACUUCUAUUUCAGUUAGGAAAAACUUCAUGAAUAAGUUCACCCAAAUAUUUAUUAUCUAAAAAUAAAGUACUGUUAUUUUUCUUUAAUUACAUUAGUUUGGAUUAAAUGUCUUUCUUUUCAACAACAAGAUAUAUAUCAGGUUUUUUCCAGAAUUUAGUGUACCUAUACCAAUAAUAAGGUUUUAAUACAUGGGAUUAAACAAAAAAU